UGGUGAAACAUUUGGCAUUAUCGGCACUAAUUGCAAAUGUACAGAUGCUCUACUAAAUCUUCUUGCUGGCGAGCAACGUCCAAGUUUUGGACGUGGUUAUGUCAACACUGUUUCGUUGGUCGAUGAACGCCGAAAGGCACUAGCACAUAUCGGCUAUGUUCCAACCAUCAAUUGUGUUAUGCCAGAAAUGACAUGCUAUCAAAUUUUGAAAAUGUUCUGUAUUUUGUAUGCAUAUCCGUACAAGGAAAUCGAUGAUAUUUGUGAAAAUUUAUCCGAACAUUUUGGUUUCUAUUCACACUAUAAUGUGCGUUUGGAUCAUUGCAGUAUGGGUAUACGAGAACGGAUUUCAAACUCAAUUGCGAUUUUAAUGAAGCCCGCCUUUUUGUGCAUCGGCAGUUAUAGCUGGUGCUUGGAUCCACAUGGCAGGCGGCAACUCUAUCGAUUGUUGAAUGAGCUGUGCAAGCAGGGUACAGCUGUUACGAUGACGUCUGUUGUAAAUUGUUUUACUGAAAUUCUCUGCACAAAAAUAGUUGUCAUGCAGCAUGGACAGAUUUUGCAUAUUGGCAAACCGAGUCAAAUAGCGUCGGCUAUAGCCCAUGGUUAUUUUGUUACGAUGCGCAUGAGAAAAGUUGUACAAACUCCGCAAGGCUUAUCAUCUAAAGUUUAUUUUCGUUUAACUUCCUUUAUGGAAAAGAAUUUUCCUAGUUCCAUUUUGGUGGAAGAGGGCACAUUAAUGCAAUUCUUUAUACCACACUAUAGCACUACACUGGCAACUCUUUUUAAAAUCAUACGCUUGAACUCUUUCCAGUUGAAUAUUGAGAGUGUGUCUAUUGCAUCAAUCAACAUGAAUUACGUAUUCGGACUAAUAACCGAAAGAGCAAAGAGAUCUAUUAUGACAUAAUUAUUCGUAUUUAUUUUUUCGUUAGAAUUUUCAUAUACAAUAUUUCUAUGU